UCUUAGAUCAUGUUGCCUUGGGAAAUGAAGAGUGGAAUCCAUGGGAAGGGGACGAGAAAAAUGAACUGGUUGCUUCUCAGCAGAGAUACGAAGCUAAUCUUAAGAUGAUAAAAAAUGCAAGAUCUCACCUAGAACAAACCAGUCUUAGAGUACAGAUUUGGGGCAAAGCAGCAAUUGGUCUUUACCUUUGGCAACAUAUUUUUGGAGGGCACCUUCAGCCAGCUGAUGUGACUGCACAGUGGAGAGAAGGAAGCCAAAAAGUAGGAAAAACGUAUUUCAGCUUCAUCACUGGUCCAUCUGUAGUUCCUGGCUACUUCUCAGUUGAAGCUGAAAAUGUUGUGCUAGUUCUGAAUGGAAGAGAAAAAGCAAAGAUCACUUACGCCACUCAGUGGUUGCAUUACGCACAAAUGUUAAUUCAGACUCACAAAAUACAGCAUGUAGCAGUUGUGCUGCUUGGAAAUGAGCAGUGCAACAAUGAAUGGAUUCAACCAUUCCUGAAAAGACAUGGAGGAUUUGUAAAUCUACUCUUUGUUACAUAUGACUAUGCGUUGGUAAAUGAAGAAGAUAUGUUCCAGUGGCCUUUAGGAGUAGCUACCUACAGAAAUUUUCCAGUUGUAGAACCCAGCUGGUCAAUGCUACGUGAUCCAAGAUCAUAUCUGUGUAAUUUCUUAGGAACAGUUUAUAAGAACUCUUCUAGGGAAACCCUAAUGGAAAUUCUGAAGCAGGAUGGGCUUGAUAAGCUUUGCUGGAUUGCAGCCAGAGAUCAGUGGCAGCCUCAAGAAACAAAUGAAAGUUUCAAAAACUAUCAAGAUGCCUUGCUGCAGAGUGAUUUGACAUUGUGCCCAGUGGGAAUAAAUACAGAAUGCUAUAGAAUUUAUGAAGCUUGUUCAUAUGGAUCUCUGCCUGUUAUAGAAGAUGUAAUGACACCGGGUGAUUGCGGAAAUUCAUCAAUGUACCACAGUGCUCCAUUACAAUUACUAAAAACCAUGGGGGCUCCAUUUAUCUUUAUUAAAAACUGGAAAGAGCUUCCUGCUGUUCUAGAGAAAGAAAAAAAAAUGAGCUUACAAGAAAAGAUUCAAAGGAGAAAAAAGCUUGUAGAAUGGUAUCGAAACUUCAAAGCAUGGAUGAGACAGAAAUUCAUUAAUACUUUGGAAAAUUCAUUUUUGCCCAGUGAUAAAGGAUAAAUUGUCCCUUUUGAAAAUCUAGACUAGAUUGAAAGCUUAAUUUCCAUUAACCUUCCGUGGAAGCUUUUAUACAAAAGAAAUCUCACAGGGCAGAUGCAUUCCUUUUGAAGUCAACAGAAUUGCGCUAGCUUGGCCAAGAGCUACGUUCGGCCCUCCAUCCUUAACAAUUUUCAGAGAGGUUGUUGACUUAGCAGGGUGGUAGUCUGUAAGGAUGACAACAGUUUUAUUACUAGUCUUACAAUUUCCAUGUUGGUGUGUGACCUGAUAAAUUUUUUUUUUAGGGGAAUAUCUUUGCGCAUGUGAACUUGUUAAAAUGCAACAUGAGUACAACAGUUGUGUUUGAAGAAGAGAGAAGAAUGAAAGCUGUAUGGUACAGAGUAAUUUAUUAUGUAGACUAAAGAAGAAAAGUAUGAUUAUAGCAAAAUUGCCAGGUUUAGCACAAUCAUUAAGAUACAUCCUGGUGGCAGCAUUCCCCGUUCCUGUGGUCUUCAUUUUUUUCAUCUUCAGGAAUAUAUAAUUUGUAGCUUGGGCUGCAUUUUUAAAACAAACAGGACAGAACUGAAGUAUUAUGCACGGUUUCCAUUAAAUGGGUGUUUUCAGAAGAUACGAGAUGCAAAAUAAAUGCAUCAAACAGAAAUGAGUCAUUCACUAAG